CACGGAUCAACCACUGAGCUCGUCCAAUGCUCGUGGCCGAAUAUCAGGCAAUGUAAUCCGACAUUAGGAGUUUGUCAAGACAUCCAUCAAUCACAUUGGAUGUACCAAUUUUUGACCUGUUGACCACCGUAAGAUCGUAAGACUCGGAGAGUUAACGAGAGGGGAAGGCGCGCAAGAAACGGCAAGGAAUAAGGCGAAGGAGAUGGUCCCAGUGAGGGUUUCCAUCUUUAGAAGUUCCCAACAUGAAGUCGAACCGACAGGACUCUGCAACGGAGAAAGAAGCGGCCCGCACAAGAUCUCGGUAAACGCAGGUCGAUUUUGGCCCAGAGCCUUCGUCACUGCGAGUCUAUAAAGCGUCCCUUCUUCCCCGUCAAACCCGCAACUCCAGACCACGCAUCAACACCUCAAGCCAGCUCAUCCGGUCCUCCCCUCGCAAUUCUCGACGUCUCAAGAUACACACCCGUGAAGCAUCAAACUUUUCUUCCAAGAUGAAGUCCGCAGUCUUCCUCCUUUUCACCUCCAUCGCCGCCGUCAUGGCCUCUCCAACCCCGCCGACCGGAGACGCCACCACCAUCGCCGAACGGAAUCCGCUCGAGGAGAUUGUCCAGCGCGCUACUUGCAGGCACCCGGGCGAGUGCGGCUGGUUCAACUCGGGCCAGUGCGAAUACCACUGUGACGGAUACGGCGGCUUUGACUUCAUGCAAGGCUGCGGUUGGAAGAGGAAGAGGUGUUGCUGCAACAAGUCCACUUAAACACGAGUGGGUGUUCUUGUCCAAGCCUGGUGGCGAAAGUGUGCUUUAGGUUCGGAAGAGUGGGAUGGAUGAUCCAUCGAACGGUUCGGACAACAUUCCUUCUUUUUCUGACGUGGGUCGGGUUGGUCCGGUUUGGGAAACAACAUGCGAUGGGAGUGAUCAAGGGGUUAUGUCUGUACCUUAGGCCG